CAGCAAAUAUUAUUACGACCCAAAGCCGCCUUGACCUGCACAGCACAGAGCAGAGCAAGAGCUAGCCAUGGCGUCGCCGGAGCCGGGCAAGCCGCACGUCCUGCUCCUCCCCUACCCGGCGCAGGGCCACGUCACCCCGUUCCUCAAGCUGGCCAAGGCGCUGCACGCGCGCUCCUUCCACGUCACCUUCGUCAACACCGAGUACAACCACGCCCGCCUCGUCCGCACGCGGGGCCCCGCCGCCGUGGCCGGCGCCGGCGGCCUCCGGUUCGAGACCAUCCCCGACGGCCUCCCGCCGCCGCCGCCCGGGGCGGCCGACGCGACGCAGGACAUCUGGGCGCUCUGCGAGGCCACGCGGCGGACGGGGCCGGGCCACGUCAGGGAGCUGGUCGAGAGGCUCGGCCGCGCCGGCGGCGGCGUCCCGCCGGUGAGCUGCGUCGUCGCCGACGGCGCCAUGGGGUUCGCCGUGCACGUCGCCAGGGAGAUGGGCAUCCCGGGCUACCUCUUCUUCACGCCCAGCGCCUGCGGCCUCUUGGCCUACCUCAACUUCGAUCAGCUCGUCAAGCGUGGCUACGUGCCAUUCAAAGACGAGAGCUGCUUCACCAACGGGUACCUGGACACCCGCCUGGACUGGGUCGCCGGCAUGAUCGCCGGCGUUCGCCUCCGAGACUUCCCGACGUUCAUCCGCACCACCGACGCCGACGACGUGAUGGUGACCAUCAACAUCAAGCAGUCCGAGCUGGACGCGCCCGCCGCCGACGGCAUCCUGCUCAACACCUUCGACGACCUGGAGCGCGCCGCGCUCGACGCCAUCCUCGCGCGCCUGCCCAACACCUUCACCGUGGGGCCCCUCGGCCCGGAGGUCUCGCCGGCGUCGUACCUCCCCUCCCUCACCUCCAGCCUGUGGAAGGAGGACGACCGGUGCGCGGCGUGGCUGGACGGCCACGCCGACGGUGCCGUCCUGUACGUCAACUUCGGGAGCAUCACGGUGAUGACGAGGGAGCAGAUCGGGGAGUUCGCGCGGGGGCUGGCCGCCGCCGGCAGCCCGUUCCUGUGGGUCGUCCGGCCGGACAUGGUGCGCGACGCCGGCGACGGCGCGCCGCUGCUGCCGGAGGGGUUCGAGGAGGAGGUGGUGGCGGGCGGGCGGGGGCUGAUGGUGGGGUGGUGCGACCAGGAGGCGGUGCUGCGGCACCGCGCGACGGGAGGGUUCCUGAGCCACUGCGGGUGGAACUCGACGCUGGAGAGCCUCGUCGCCGGCGUGCCGCUGCUGUGCUGGCCGUUCUUCUCGGAGCAGGUGACCAACUGCCGGUACGCGUGCGAGGAGUGGGGGGUGGGGGUGGAGAUGGCCCGCGAGGCCGGGCGGCGCGAGGUGGAGGCCGCGGUGAAGGAGCUGAUGGGGGGAGGGGAGAGGGCGGCGGCGAUGAGGAGGAGGGCGUCGGAGUGGAAGGAGAAGGCCGCGGCGGCGGUCGCGCCCGGCGGGUCGUCGCAGCGAAACCUCGAGAGCUUCGUCGCGGAGAUCGCGCGCGUCAAGCGCUAAUGCAAUUCGGUUUGGGAGACGCGUAAUUUGUGUGUUUUUUAACAGAAAAAUCAGAUAAAGGAAUAAAAAUAAUCCGGCCUCUACACCGAAAAUGGAUGUACCAGGCAAAAAUGUAACGUGUUGGUUGUGUGUGGCAAUUGGAUUGUGACGAUUUAACCGUGAAAAUUUCCCUGUCUCUUUGUUAAAAAUA